CUGACAUUGGCGUCCCAGGCAAUAACAUCAAUCCGCCUGCGAGAUGCCCGUCUGGGCCCUGAAGAACGUGGCAACCUGAUUCGCCCUCAAUAUGCUCCUUGGCCACUCUGCAUUCUCGGUCCCGGUUUGCACCAACAUCCUGAAGAGAACCAUGACGACAGCACCGUUCCCGAGGGCUGUCAAGGCCUCAUUCUGGCGCGGUGGCACUUCCAAGGGCGUCUUUUUCAACAUUUCUGAUUUGCCGAAGUGGUUUCAGUCGGCUCUGUCAACAGGAAAACCACCUGAGGCGGCAACUUUGAAGAACAUGGAGCAAUUUUUUGCAGCAGUCCUAGGGUCUCCCGACCCAUAUGGCAGGCAGCUCAAUGGGAUGGGCGGUGGCAUUUCCUCACUGAGCAAGGCCAUGGUCGUUGGACCAUCGUCGCAAUCAGAUGCCAAUGUUGACUACACCUUCUUUCAGAUUGGUGUCAAGGACGGCAAGUUGGACAUGGCUGGGAACUGCGGCAAUCUGACCUCGGUGGUUGGUCCCUUCGCAUUAACCUGUGAUCUCUACCACCAGGAACCUGCAAAAGAUGGGCAACGGGUUCCAGACGGGGGAAACGAGACUGUGACCUUGCGGAUGAGAAACACGAAUACAGCAAAAAUCAUCGAGUCUACGUUUCAAGCUACCGGCUUCGACGGUAAAUGGGAGUAUCAAGAGCUUGGGACGUGCAGCAUCGACGGGGUUCCUGGAACAGGUUCCACCAUCACCCUCUCCUUUCUUCACCCAGGAGGCGCAAAGACCGGCAAGGCUUUACCCACGGGCAACCCAAUUGACAAUAUCGAAGUCGGAGACCAGAUAGUUCGAGCAUCGCUGAUCGAUGUCAGCAAUCCAGGAGUGUUCGUCGAUGGCAGAGGCAUUGGAUGGAAAAUCGAUGCGACACCAGACAAACUGAAUGCUAAUCAAGCGCUCCUUGAAAAGCUAGAAGCCAUCCGGAAACGAGGCACGGAAAUGAUGGGUUUAGACCCCAACAUCAGCAGCAUACCUAAGAUCGUUUUGUUGUUCCCCGCUAAGAGCGAAGGCUUGGAUAUUUCAUGCCAGGCACUUUCGAUGGAACAGGCACAUAAAGCAGUCCCCGUUACACUGGCCCUCAACCUCGGAGUCGCAUGCAAGAUGGAAGGCACACUUCCGCAUGCGCUUUCAAAGCACCUUCAUCCCUCGAACACCGUCAUUGGCCAUCCGUCGGGCACUCUGGAGGUUGGUGCAGCCAUUGAGAAUGGCGAAAUUACUGGUGCGAAACUGAUCCGGACCGCACGAUGCCAUAUGGAGGGCUAUGUCAAUACUCUGCGAUCCGGCUAUGACAGUCGUGAUCGCUGA